AUGGCGUAUUAUUUUGCUCUCUGCAGGGAUCUCGAGACUUCCGGGAGACAGAUGAUGCGUGCUGAUACCCUAUGUCCUGAGAAACCGGAUUCCUGUCCGAAGUGCGUUGCAUCUCUCGAUGAUCUGACCAAAGACGAGCUCUGCGAAAGUGACACAGAUUCUGGAAACAGGCGCUGUGGUCUUCUGAACGUUCUUUCGGUCCUCCGCGACGACAUGGGGCUUGUGGCCUCCCACUACAGAGCAUCGCUGGACGAAGCCUGCAGAUGUGAUCUCCUCGACCAGAAAUCCACCUUCGCCCUCCUAUUCUUGUUCGAGAAAUUGAAGCAUAAACACGGAAAGUAUCAACUCCCUCUGGAUCACGACGUGAAGCUGAUCCAGCUGAACUCCACCGCCCACAUCAGACUCGAGGAGUUGCUGAGAGAAUGUCCGAGAGAGCACCAGCAGCUGCGAAUGCGGCGAAGCGACAGUUACGGCCACACCUACGGAGGAGGUAAUGCCUACACGUCCUCCUAUCUCGUCAAGACAGUCAAGUACUUCUACCCCGCGUAUGCUCCUAGCUAUAGUUAUAGUGCCCCAUCUUAUUCUGCUCCAAGCUACAGUGCUCCCUCGUACUCCGCCCCAAGCUAUAGUGCCCCGUCAUAUUCUCCACCAAGCUACAGUGCUCCUUCUUACUCCUACCCAAGCUACAGUGCCCCAUCAUAUUCUGCCCCAAGCUACAGUGCUCCCUCGUAUUCUGCCCCAAGCUACAGUGCUCCCUCUUAUAGUGCUCCGUCUUAUUCUGCUCCAAGCUACAGUGCACCAUCGUAUGCAGCCCCUAGCUACAGUGCACCAUCCUAUUCUGCCCCAAGCUACAGUGCACCAUCCUAUUCUGCCCCAAGCUACAGUGCUCCCUCUUACUCCUACCCAAGCUAUAGUGCUCCAUCGUAUAAAUCUGCAAGCUACAGCGCCCCAUCAUAUUCUGCACCAAGCUACAGUGCACCUACUUAUGCUCCCCCGAGUUACAGUGCUCCUUCAUACGCACCUCCCAGCUACAGCGCUCCGUCAUACGCUCCUCCAAGUUACAGCGCUCCGUCAUACGCUCCACCGAGCUAUAGUGCCCCAUCUUAUGCUCCACCUAGUUACAGCGCACCUUCUUAUUCUCCCCCGAGCUACAGUGCUCCCGCUUACUCUCCACCUAGCUACAGUGCCCAUUCCUAUGCUCCUCCGAGCUAUAGUGCCCCUUCAUACUCUCCUCCAAGUUAUAGUGCUCCCUCUUACUCUCCACCGAGCUACAGUGCUCCGUCUUAUUCUCCACCUCAUUACAGUGCUCCCGCUUACUCCCCACCUAGCUACAGUGCCCAUUCCUAUGCUCCUCCGAGCUACAGUGCCCCAUCAUACUCGCCUCCAAGUUAUAGUGCUCCAUCUUAUUCUCCACCGAGCUACAGUGCUCCGUCUUAUUCUCCCCCUAGUUACAGUGCUCCCGCUUACUCUCCACCUAGCUACAGUGCCCCAUCCUAUGCUCCUCCGAGCUACAGUGCCCCAUCAUACUCGCCUCCAAGUUAUAGUGCUCCAUCUUACUCUCCACCUAGCUACAGUGCUCCAUCCUAUGCCCCUCCGAGCUACAGCGCCCCUUCUUACUCUGCUCCAAGCCACGACAGCUAUGGCGACAGCUACGGUGACAGCUACAGCGGCAGCGGCUACGCGCCCUCCGUCAGCUACACCUAUGUCACAUAUGUGCCUCCUUCCUACGCAAGCUACGCCCCACCAAGCUACGCCGCCCCAAAGCCAAGCUACGCUGCGCCAGCAGCGAGCUACUGA